AACCACAAAAUCCCAUCAACCCUGUAUCUUUCAAUGGUUAUAAAUAGAUGACACUAACCCUAUUCUAAAUGCACCUGCAUUCUCUACACCUUCAGUUAAAUAUGGAAGCAAAAUCUGUUGCUGGCGGUGAAGAGGUUCUGAAUAACCCUCCAAGUGAUCCGGCACCAUCAACCACUAUCGAACCCCUACCCGGUGAACCAACCACUAUCAAACCCCUACCCGCUGAACCAACCACUAUCGAACCCCUACCCACUGAACCAACCACUAUCGAACCCCUACCCGCUGAAACAACCACUACUGAACCGCUACCUGCUGAACCAAACACUAUCGAACCCCUACCCGCUGCAGAAGAUACGUCAACCACUGUUCCACCAUCAGACGUUCUUUUUAUACCUAUUGGUGGUGAGAAAGUUAAUAAGGACAAUAACCGCAGUGGCAGGGGUCGAAUUAGUAGUGGGGGUGGUGGCAAAACACAUGAGGGAGAAGAAUCUGAGGAUAGUUAAUCAUGCAUGAUUUGUGGUGGUGAAAUAAGUUAUUUUCAAUAUAUGCAUAAUGGUUGAUCAUUGGUCAAUCGAACCAGGUGUUGGACAACUGUUUGGUCCUAUAAUAAGUUAUUUCUACGUAUGUAUGUCAAAGUUUGUAUGCGUAAAAGUUGAAUGUCUAAAAGUUGUACGCUUCAAAGCUCUAUGUGAUGAAGUUGUAUGAUUGUCCUAUAAUAAGAUAUUUUCACUCUUUUGGUUUGAAAAGUUUAUA